AUCGGGUUCUCUCUUCUCCUGUUGUUCCCGCUCUCCGACCCAUUCUCCAAGCUUCGACUCCUCUCUCCCUCUCUCUCUCUCUCUCUCUCUCUCCCUCUCUCUCUCAAUCGAUCGAUCGAUUAACCCUAGAUCCAAAUCGUAUCCAUUUUGUUCGAUCGAAUCAAUCGAGGAUCGCCCCCAUUUCUAUCGGAGAUCGCAUCUUUGCCAAUCUCUUCCUCUUCGAGAGCGCGGCUAGCAAUCCUUCAUUCUCAAUAAAUUCUUAAUACAAUGGAAAAUUGCGAUAAGGAUGAGAAGGAUUUGGUCAGCAUAUCAAUUUCGGAGAGUUCCACUGAUAAAGCCUGUGAAGAAGAGGCAGUAUCAAGUGAAAUAAAGUCCCUAAAUGUUAACGAAGAAGCUCCAACGGUUCAACAGGAGAAUGAAGGUGACGACUCGAAAGAGCUGGUGCAUGAAAAUAGGGAUUUGGACAGUGUUGAUCCGAAAGAAGUAAACCAAAGUGCCGAAGAGGUUCCUGCCGAAGAAGAAGCUGAAGACCCUGUGUUUGAUGGAACAGAGGCUCCUGAACUAGAAGCUUCUAGAAGUCUAUCGAGUCACUCCCUGGAACCUGAUUCAGAUUCCUCUCUAUCUGCUUGGCCUGAAAAAGCUGCUGCAUUGACGAACUUUGUAAGGGAGAAGGGAGCAGUUGCAGUUUCAAAUGUUAUUCGCCGCCUUUCUGGGAGAAAGGAUGAAGAAGGUUUCCCUGGUGGGGAUGAGAAGAAUGAUGCUUGUGAUAAUGAAGAACCGGACUUGAGCAAACUUAGUGAAACCCCCCAGCAAGCUGAGGAGCGGUCAACAUGGAACCCACUAAGUUUUAUUAAGAUUGCACGUGAUACAGAUAGUUCGAAUAAUGCAGAGAAAGCAGAUUAUGCUUGUGCGGAAAGCUUGGCUGCAGAACCAAGUAUGAAAGGAAGGAUCACAAUAUACACAAGGUUGGGAUGUCAGGAAUGCAAAAUGGUAAGAUCAUUCAUGCAUCAGAAAAGGCUUGUGUUUGUCGAGAUCAACAUUGAUGUCUUUCCCAGCAGGAAGUUGGAGUUGGAGAAGAAUACUGGGUCCUCAGCUGUUCCUAAAGUAUACUUCAAUGGUUUCCUUGUUGGAGGAAUGAAUGAGCUUAAGACAAUGGAGGAGUCUGGGAAGCUUGAUGAGAAGAUUAGUAGUCUUUCCGAUGAGGAGCCGUCAGCUGAAGCUCCAUUACCACCAUUACCAGGUGAAGAUGAUGAAUCUGAUAGUGGGAAAAUUGAUGAGUUGGCAACCAUUGUUAGAAAGAUGCGAGAGUCCAUCGUACCGAAGGACCGGUUCUAUAAGAUGAGGAGGUUUAGCAAUUGUUUUCUUGGGUCUGAAGCUGUGGAUUUCUUGGCAGAGGACCAAUAUUUGGAGAGAGAUGAGGCAGUGGAGUUUGGAAGGAAGCUUGCGAGUAAGCACUUUUUCCGCCAUGUUCUGGAUGAGAAUAUCUUUGAAGAUGGAAAUCAUUUAUAUCGUUUCCUGGAGCAUGAUCCCACUGUAAUGACCCAAUGCUACAACAUCCCAAGAGGCACCAUCGACGUUAAACCGAAGCCUAUUACUGAAAUAGCAGCAAGAUUAAGGUUACUGUCGUAUGCUAUGUUUGAAGCUUAUGUAUCUGAGGAUGGAAGGCAUGUUGAGUACAGAAGCAUCCAUGGUUGUGAAGAGUUUAAAAGGUAUUUGAGAAUAACAGAAGAGCUACAGAGGGUGGAGUUAGAUGACUUAUCACGGGAAGAAAAGCUUGCUUUCUUCAUAAAUCUCUACAACAUGAUGGCCAUCCAUGCAAUAUUAACAUGGGGUCAUCCUGCUGGAGCUUUGGAUAGGAGAAAGUUUUUUGGAGAUUUUAAAUAUGUGAUUGGCGGAUGCUCGUAUUCGCUUUCAGCCAUCCAUAAUGGUGUAUUACGAGGGAAUCAGAGGCCACCUUACAAUCUCAUCAAGCCUUUCGGACCAAGAGACGAACGUUCUAAGGUGGCCCUACCAUAUCCAGAGCCACUGGUUCACUUUGCUUUGGUAUGUGGGACCCGUUCCGGGCCUGCCCUUCGAUGUUACUCGCCAGGAGAUAUCGACAAGGAAUUAAUGGAAGCAGCACGCAAUUUUCUCAGGAAUGGAGGAUUAGUUGUCGAUGCGGAAGCAAAGAUUGCAUCUGUAAGCAAGAUAUUGCGAUGGUAUAGUGCGGAUUUCGGUAAGAACGAGGUGGAGAUGUUGAAACAUGCGGCGAAUUAUCUGGAGCCAGCGAAGUCAGGGGAGCUUCUGGAGUUACUAGCCAACACCCAGUUGAGAGUGGUAUAUCAAGCUUUCGACUGGGCUUUGAACUUCUAGUAUAUAGCUAUUACCAUUUUGCUUCUUAGUGAUUAUAAACUUGAUAUAAAUGGACAUAUUCAUCUUCUUAAAACCACAGUAACUCUUCUCAAGUUUUCUUCUUUCUAUUGAGCGAUAUUCAUAUGAUUAAACUAUUCUUGGAACAGAAGUUUAGACGUACCAAAAUAGUUAACUUUCUGGUUUUUGUCCAA